CGGAAACGGCAUGCCUGGUCUUUCUCAGCUUUAAUGGGAGGGUUUGUCAAAUGACACACAUACAAUCUGUACGCUCAGUUUCAUUCAAGUGUUCAUUUACCAUCAACAGGGUCUUGGAAUCCAGGCCAUUCAGGCGCUGUUCGUUGGUCCUUAUCGUUGCCCAAUACCCAACCUCCAACCCCAUGUUCUUUAUCAACGAGGUCUAAGAGUUGCUCUUCUAUGGCAGGUGGAAUGGAGGACCGCCAUGCGGCCUCCGAGUAUUCCCCUUUGACGGGCCUGGUGUACAUUUUCAACUUGAUUGUGGGCACAGGCGCCCUUACCCUGCCUGCCGCCUUUCACGAUGCUGGAUGGGGCUUGAGUUCGGCCAUCAUUGUGAUGCUGGCGUUUAUGUCGUAUUUGACAGCCACCUUUAUGAUUGAAGCCAUGGCUGCAGCUAAUGCCAUGGUCCAUUGGAAAAGGAUACAAAGGCUCAAGAAGUCUGGAGGUGUAGUCAGUGACGAAUUGGUGGCCAGGACCCUCCAGACCAUGGCCCAGAAUGCGUCUUUCCCAGACCCCAAUGGGUUUACCAGAUCGACGGACAACCUAUUGGUGAACGACACUCUGGUGUCCGCCAUGCCUUCCAGUUCAACAAGUGCCCCUCAUUCUCGUCGUUCUGAUAGAGAAGAGGAUGCGGGCGAGAACGAGCCCCUCAUUGACCGAGACAUGAUUGAACGCAUUCCUCAAGCCGUCAGUUCUUAUUAUAACAUUACCGAGGUCAUCGAAAUGGGCAAGAUGGCAUCCAUAUUCUUCAAUAAGACAGGACGAACACUGUUCUACAUUUGCAUCACCAUUUAUCUCUAUGGUGAUUUGGCUAUCUACGGAGCAGCCGUUGCCAAGUCUCUGCGAGAUGUGGCGUGUACCUUCCGCCCUGCCAAUGCUACAUCGCCCUUCAACAUUUCGGAAGCUGAGCCCUGUUUUGAAGGGGGUGAGAUCAACCGCAUCAAUGCCUAUAGAGUCGCUCUAUGCGUGUUCAUCGGAGUGGUCGGACCAUUUGCAUUUUGCAACGUACAAAAGACGAAGUACCUGCAGAUCUUGACCACGAUCAUGCGUUGGCUGGCUUUUGGAUGCAUGGUAUCCUUGGCGUGUCUUCGUUUGGCCGGAGGCAUAGUGGCCAAUCCACCAGUCACCAAUGUUGCAGGAAUUCCCAAUUUAUUUGGCGUGUGUGUUUACUCCUUCAUGUGUCACCACAGUCUUCCCAGUUUGGUGACUCCGAUUUCUCAAAAGAAGCACAUCUUCCAACUUCUUUUAUCGGAUUAUGUCAUUAUAUUGGGCUUCUACGUGCUUCUGGCUUUCACGGGGAUCUUUGCAUUUGCUGAGAUCAACGAUUUGUACACGCUGAACUUCCAGCCCAAACCCGGAGAGCCUUGGUUCUUGGCCUCAAUUCAUUACUUCCUGAGCCUCUUCCCUGUCUUCACGUUGUCCACGAACUUUCCAAUCAUUGCAAUCACCCUCAGGAACAACCUAAAAGCUCUCUUCCUCACUGAAGGUCGAAUGUAUUCAUGGUGCACAAGAAGCUGCGUGUUUCCUUGUCUGGCCUUGAUCCCGCCCUUUGCAGUGGCUCUGGCCACCAACAGCCUCGAGUUCCUGGUGGGCGUGACCGGGUCUUACGCAGGAGCCGGGAUUCAAUACGUGGUCCCCGCCUUCUUGGUCUACAUGUCCCGCAAGCAAACGCAAAAGGCCAUUGGGAUUGGCGUGAUCAACCAACAUCGGUCCGUGUUCAAAAGCCCGUUCUGGGUGUUCUUCGUGAACCUCUGGGCCAUCGGUUGCGUUAUCCUCGUCACCUGGAACCACUUGUCCUCGUUUAUUCACUGAUGAUCUUCAAGGCUUCCUGAGUACAUACGUUUAAAUCUGUGAUCCCUCUUGACAACGAUGGUUGAGACAGUAUGAAAGAUAAGCCUUUUAUACGAUUUUGCAACAUGGUUAUCAUGACAAUAUAUUAAAUCUAUAAUCAGGAUGAA